CACUCCUACUGAUUCCAUCGCAGUCCUCCAUUCAGAGCACGCAAAGCACACAAGCAGCUGACCACACUAGGUUCUAGCUCGGGACAAUCACUCCAAUCAAUGGCGUUGUCGAAGAGGCUCGCGGCGACGGCGCUGCUGGUGCUGCUCGCGUUGGCGGCGUCCGCGUCGGCCAAGACGACGCGGGAAGCCGCUGAGGCGGCCACGGCCAAGACGACGCCGGGCGGCGCGGAGACGGCGCCGGGCAAGGAGGAAGAGUCCUGGACGGGGUGGGCCAAGGACAAGAUCUCCGAGGGCCUCGGCCUGGACAAGAUCUCCGAGGGGCUCGGGCUCAAGCACCACGCCGACGAGGAGGAGGCCGCGCGCAAGGCCGGCCAGACCGUCAAGUCCGCCCGCGAGACCGUCCAGCACACCGCCUCCGAGACGGGGAGGCAGGCGAGCGGCAAGGCUUCGGACGCCAAGGAGGCGGCGGAGCAGGCGGCGACCGGGGCCGCCAACAAGGCGGGGCAGGCCAAGGACAAGGCGGCGGAGACGGUGAAGGGCACGGCCGGCGAGGCGUCCAAGAAGACGGAGCAGGCUAAGCACAAGACCAAGGAGGCCGCGGAGGCGGCCGCCAAGACCGGCGCCGAGACGCACGAGCGGUCGAAGCAGGGCAAGGCUAAGGUUGAGGAGGCGGCCAAGGAAAAGGCUGGACAGGGGUACGAGACGCUGAAGCAAACCAAGGACGCGGCCGCCGAGAAGGCCGGCGCCGCCAAGGACACGGCUGCGGAGAAGGCCGCAGCAGCCAAGGACGCCGCCGCGGAGAAAGCCGGCGGCGCCACGCAGACGGCCGCGGAGAAGGCUGCAGCAGCCAAGGACGCCGCCGCCGGCGCCACGCAGACGGCAGCGGCAGCCAAGGACGCCGCCGCCGGCGCCACGCAGACGGCAGCGGCAGCCAAGGACGCCGCCGCGGAGAAGGCCGGGGCCGCCAAGCAGACAGCCGCGGAGAAGGCAGCGGCAGCGAAGGACGCCGCCGCAGAGAAGGCCCGCGCCACGAAGGAUGCGGCCUGGGAGAAGACGGAGUCUGCCAAGGACGCCACAUGGCAGGCGCAGGAGAAGCUGAAGCAAUACAACGACGUCGCGUCGGAGAAGGCCGCGAACGUCAAGGACGCCGCUGCGGAGAAGGCCCCGGCCGCCAAGGACGCCGCGUGGAAGAACGCCGAGGCGGCCAAGGGAACGGUCGGGGAGAAGGCAGGGGCGGCCAAGGACGCCACGUUGGAGAAGACGGCGUCGGCCAAGGACGCCGCAUGGGAGACGGCGGAGGCGGCCAAGGACACGGCCUGGGAGACGGCGGAGGCGGCCAAGGAUAAGGCCAACCAGGGGUACGAGAAGGUGAAGGAGAAGGUUGGGGAGGUGAAGGACAAGGUCACCGGCGCGGCAGCCGACGGCAAGGCGAAGAAGCACCGCAAGGACGACGAGCUGUGAAUGAGCACCAUCGUUCCGCAUUUCUUGCAAUAGCUUUACAUGAAUGUUUUCAGUGUUCACGCUAGUUUUUUUUUCUGCUGUUCCUUCUUGUACAAUAAUGUGAGACCAUCUGUAGAGAACCCUGCACGAUCAGACGAGUUUCUUUUGAAAA